GGUCGGUUGAUUUCGUUCAGUGCGGUUUACUUGUUUUAUGCAGCAAUUUUGAUUUUGCGUGCGUGUUGCAGCGAGAGGACAUAAAAGUUUAUUUUUUCAUCUAGUUUUAGUUUCCUACGGUAUUGUUUUGCGAAAAACGGAUUACAGAGUCAUCGUUUCCAAUUUGCGGGUAUCGGCUUCAAAAUGGCCAACAGCGGUCAGAGGAAGUUUACCGAAGAAGCUGAAGCGGCCAUCUCAGUGCUCCGAGCGCUGGUCGCUUCGCAAAAAGGGCCUUCCACUGUACGAGGUCUGCUCCGGGACUACAGAGAACUGGAAGGCGGGCAGCUCAUGUAUAAGAAGUUCGGGUUUCCCAAUGCGGACGAAUUCCUGAAGGCUUCCGGAGAGUUUAUGGUUCAGAGUAACAACAUGAGCGAGACUAUUGUUUACGUAAAACCUAGUAAAGAUUCUGCUCACAUCCUUAAGAUGGUAGCAGCACAGAAAUCAACGAAACCGAGAAAAUCCGGUUUUGCUGUUCCACGACAACCUCAGAGAAGAAUUGGUGAAUUCAAUUGGAACCCAAGUGCCUACAAUAAAAUCUAUUCCCAAAUGCCAAACAAAAUAAACCGUUUUCCACAGAAUCGGUAUACACCUCAAACGCAAUACGUACAGCAACAACGGUUCAAUACUCCUAAAACAUACAACCAGAAUACCUUCAAUCGAAAUAGUUACAAUAACAACAACGUUACAAAACCUUUGAACAACUACAGUCAGCCAAAACCGUUGAUGUCACAAAAGAUUGCUCCUCCACAACACUACAACGCGAAUGACAACAGCAAUAACAAUCAGCAGACCAAUCAACGAUAUAACACACGAUCCGAGACUAACAACAAUAACACUUCAGCCAAAAAUUUGAAUAAACCUGCGCAAAUUCCCAGCAAAACGUCGCCAGGUAUUAACGAUUUCCAAUCGAAAGAUAAACCACAGCAGAAAAAAGAUUUCGGUUACGAACCUCCUACAACUAAUGCAGUAUCUCUGCAACCACCAGCUCGAAGUGUGAAUUCGCGACUGCAGGUAACAAGAAGUUUUGCAAACACGACACAAAUCACGAUGCCGGAGCCGGUGGAAAAACUUCCUUUGAAAAGCACACAAAGCAGCGAACUUCAUCUGCCCUCGGCUCUUACACCGCCGUCGACGCCACCGGUUGCGUCGUCGUUGCCGGGAAAGAUAUCGCUCCAGGAUAGGCUCAAAAUGAACCAACAAGUGGACCCUACGGAUCUGGAGAAAGUUUCCAGGGUUCUAACGCCGCAGGCUUCGCCGAUAAAGAGCAACCACAAGUCUCCUUCGUCGGAACUACAGACUCCUCCGGAACAAAUCAACCCCUCAGAUUCUUUCUCCUGGAUACAACCGACGGCAACCCCAGUCGAAAUGUUGUUCCUGUACGCCAAUCACUACGGGUUUGAGCGUCCAAUUUACAAAUAUUUCAAACUGAAAAACAAGCGUGUACAGUGUCGUGUCACGGUCAACGGGUCCACGUACUCAACCUAUCCGGACGAUUACGCCAAUGAGUUCGAGGGCCAAUUCGCUGCAGCACAGAACGCCAUUGACGCGAUCAAACGGGAAGAGGACAGGAACAACUUUUCAGUUAGUUUGGACUCCGAUUACGAGAUUGCUACUAAGAUCUACAAUCUACUGGUGAAUUGUCCACAUGGAAUGUUUUGGAAAAACAUUCCGGAAGCUUUCCGUAAAGUUCACAACGUAUUGCUGCCGGAUCAUUGGGAAUCGAUUGUACUGACAAACGCAAACAUGUUUGUUAAGGAAGAAACCGAAACUAACACAAUUGUGUUCGCCAAUGAAUUAGCAGACGAUAACGGCGAUGUUACAUCCGAAGCUGCUAGCAUGUCGGCAAAUGUGCUGAAAUUGCCUUGGCACGAGCAGUACUGGAAUAUCUACAUCACCAAUCCAGCAUCGACGGUGGAAAUCUGGGCCCGACUAGUUGGUCCGCAAUUCAGCGAUCAGAUGGAUACACUGAUAACGGAUAUCGAGAUGUCGAUGUUGGGUGCUCACCAGCCUAAACCCGAAAAGUUGGCCGUCGGCGAAUACUAUUUGGUAUCGAUGGUCGACUGCUGGUAUCGAGUCCGUGUUGAAGAAGCAGAUUUCGUGAGUUCCACCUGUGUUUGCUUUUUCAUCGAUAUUGGUGAAUGGGAAAAGGUAUCGUUCGAUGAUGUCUACUUGUGCGAUGCCAAAUGGCUAGAGCUUCCAGGGCAGUCGGUGUGCUUCUCGUUGGACGGUUUGGAAGAUUUCGGGGAAAAUCCGAAAGCCAAAAUCCAUCUGGAUAAUCUCAUAAGUGGAAAGGUAUGCAUCGGCGAGAUUUUGACCACCAAAGAAGAAUACGAGAAAGAUGAUGACGAUGUACGGAUUCGGAUGAUACUGUACGACACUUCUUCCGAAGAAGAUGUCAAUCUAAACUCGGUUAUUCUGAAAAACGUAUGUGAAGAUACCCCAGUUCCGGAGCUGAAUAGGAAGGGAGUAACUACGGUGACUAUCACCCACGUUGACGAUUCUGGUUUCGUCUACUGUCGACUGAAAGAUGCUGGUAUGGUUUAUAUCCAGAAACUUAUAAACAAUCUGGUACAAUCGGAUGCUUUGGAAAGUAAGCAUCGCGGUUUGUACCGCGGAAAAACCGGUAAUCAACUUUACCUGGUGCAAGAUGAGAGGGAUAAAAAAUGGUACCGUGCGUCCUUGAUCGCUGAAGAAGGUACUACGGUUUGUAAAAUGUUCUAUGUUGAUAUGGGCAUAAAGCAAUCUGUAAACCUUUCCAACGUUUAUCGUCUGGAAAUGUUGAGUGUUGCUCUAAGCCGCUAUCCCGCGCAGGCUAUUCUUGUAAAAAUGUUCGAUAUUCCCGAUGUCAAUGACUAUCUUUUGAGUCGUUUGAGAGCUCUGCUGAAAACAGGAUUGAUAGCAAUGGUUAAAGUGGCUGCUUUUUCAUCGAUACCGUUGGUUAAGAUCUACAUGCAUCUUGACCAAAAUAAAAUUCUGGUCUGUGUUAAUGACAGCAUUCGCUCAGAGAUGGAACUAGAGAUAAACUCCGAAGUGAUAAGCGAUCCGCGAAUAUACAGUGCAGCAAUGACUGAAAGUAGCAAUUCUUCUCACGCUAGUUCGAAAUUCAACGGUAGCUUUAACUCAGACUAUUCUCUGAAAAGUGAAGAAGCAGCUGAUUUAUCGAAUUAUUUUAGUGCUCUAAGCAUCGAGCAAGGUAAGAAACGAAAUAAUGGAGGCUCAACCAGAGUGAUCCCUAAACUGGCCAAAUUCACAUUACCGAAGGUUGGGGAGCAAUUUGAUGUGUGCGUAACGAUGGCUGCCAGUCCUAACUAUUUCAUUGUACAACCGUAUGCUCAAGCAAAUCAAUUGAAUAGUAUGAUGAUCGAGUUCCAAGAUUAUUGUAAUAACAAGAAGCCGCAAAUGGUUCCGAAAGAAAGUGUCCAACAGGGGGAAGCUUACGCCAUGCUGAAUAGUGCUGACGGCAACUGGUAUAGAGUACUGGUUGUAAACAUCCUUAUCGGUCCGGCAUUGAUUCACGUGUACUUCUGCGAUUUUGGUCAAGUACGUAUUGUGGAGAGCGAAUCAUUGCGAGUACUUCCACAACAUUUACGAAUACUUCCUCAGCAAGCAAUGAAAGCAAGACUUCACGGUGUUCAACCAGUAGCUGGUGAUUGGGAUACCCCUGAUGCACUUCGAUUUAAGGAACUGACGGAGGGCAAAAAGUUUGUCAGCUUCGUUCGAAGUGUUCAAGUCGACGAAUUUAAUCCAAAUGACGAUAUCGUUGAUCUAACACUUAUCGACGUUUCAACGGAAAACGACAUUUACAUUCAUCAGAUUAUGGUUGAUGAAAAACGAGGUGUACUCAGCAGCAAGUAACUUGUUGAGUGUUUAAAUUCCGUUUAAAGAUUUCACUUUUUGCCAGCCAUUCGAAAAAAUAACGAAUCGAUAGCGAACCGUGUGCCAACGGCAUAAUUAGUUAUAUUUUUUUUGUCUCCAGUAUUCUUGUUACAAAAAAUUGUAACAUCACGAGAAUUGGAAACAGUCGAAAAACCGAUUGAUUAUCUUUAAAAGAAGAUACAGUGCACCAAACUGAUCUAAUGAACGUUAUGUUUUACGAGAUUAUUAUUUUAUUUGUUAAAACUAUCAGCACUCGAAAAUUAGCAUUAAGAUAUUUUUUACACUGUUACUAACCUGAACGAUGAGAAUUGUCCAUUCCAUUUAGAUAGAUAUGAUAAAGAAUCGAUCAAUUUUUUUUUACUGAAAAAGCAAAACAUUGUUUAUCUAGUUGUUGGUUGUAAACCCUGAAUUGCCAAAAUUGGUUUUAUAAAAUUGAAUAAUAAAACUCGUACCUAAAUUGGACUUUAAUCAAAAUAAAUCUGUGAAUAAAAUGUGAUUAAUCGAAGAUAGUAAGAAUGCAAUUCAAGCAAUAUUGAAAAUAAAAAUCAACAAAAGAGUAGGAAUUUCAUUAAUUAUUUGUGCUAGCAAAUAAGAAAAAUUCUCUUUAAUGUCUUCUAUUUGGUAUGGGUGUUGGUGAGCAUAAUAAUGGACUGUGUAUUACCUAAAUAAGCAAUCGAUAUUUAUUGAAAUGUUAUUUAUUUAUCCCCAUUAGGUAGAACUAGCUCUGUUGCAUAGAUAUCCAAGUUGAAUUUAGCAUUGUUGAAUAUCUGAUUUCUAUAUUCUUUCGAACGAUGCGUUUGUGAUAAAAAUGGUUUUAUAUGCUCAGAGAAGCUUUUAAUGUGUCUAUACAUAUUCUCUCACUAGCACAACAGUAGUUAACACAUAGCUAUUUUUGAAUUGUUGAACCUUUAUAUAUGAACAUAUAUACAUAUUGUUUUUCCGCUGUUAUCUUUGAACGAAGUGCCCUUAGUGAGGUACGCACACAACAUAUGCUUAUGGAACUUACAACCAUAAGGUUUACAGUACUAUACAGUAUAUUUCGAAGCGUAUAUUUUGUUUGGAAAAAUAAAAAUAAAAACUAGGGUUUAACCUUGAAAAA